UUAAUUUCGUCCACAAGGUUAUUUUUCUGAACAUACUGUACCAUUACAUAACUAAUCCUUUGCCUUUCAGUACUGAAAUCCACAACUUUACCCUCGCGUAUAUUCCCUGAAUUACAUUCCUUACAUUCAGCUCUCGACAAAAACGCUCAUUUUUGCUGAAAAUGAGUUCACCUCGACCAGAACUAUCUCAGUGUUCAAAGCUUCAUCAUCGAGGCACGAUGUGUGUAUGCACUGAACCUAACCUGCCUCCCCCUCGUGCUGUUUUUUCCCUCCUCCUCAGCCUUUGUCAACUGUGAUUUUGAGGGAAGGGAUGAAUAUUCGGGUUGGGUUUCGUCAGGCUAUACGUUUUACCGACCGGCACACCUCUCUUCAGUCUUCUCCUCACGACGAACGAGUGAAAUAUCCGUCCGGCGUUUCGCGGUUAGUCACAGAGAGAUAUCUGAGGAUGCGCAUCAAUACCUUAUUCAUCCGUUGUCUACCCACGGAGCCUGACUUUCAAUGUUUUACCCCGAGCAUGAAUGGGGCUGUUUGAGGAUAUACGUCCUUUUCAUCGGCGUUUUUUAAGGCAAAGAGGAAAUGUUCGAGAUGUUUCACGUAAACAAAAAGCGUUAACGCGUCUAUGACGGACGUAACGGGACGAGCACGCGAAGCCAUCGCGGCAUAUGACGUUUUAUCUUUUUGUUUAUUUUACGGCUUGUUCCUUAUACAGCUUAAUAUGAGCUGUGUCUUUGUCCAUAGGAUCAAAUCAGACCGCAUCGUCUAAAUGAAGUUACCCAGCCAUGCAAUGUUCCUGGAAGGCUGUUAUUUUGCUUGCGUUGGUGUCCAUAGCAAUCCAAUACACAGCAAUCAGGACUUUUACAGCCAAGACUUUUCACAUGUGCCCCGUUCCCAACCCACUAAAUUGCGGCUUGGGACAGGACGCGGAGUCUUUCGAUCGGAUGUGCGACGAGUACCCGUAUUUGAAUUACAAUUCCUCUAGGAAGACUCACAUCCUUAUCUUGGCGACCACACGCAGCGGCUCGUCUUUUGUCGGACAGCUGCUCAACCAGCACUCGGAUGUGUUUUAUCUUUUCGAACCCCUCUUUCACGUUCAGUCUACUUUAAUUCCUCACCUUUCUCCCAGCAGAUACGCCGUCGAGCGUAGGGUGAUGCUGGGAGCCAGCCGCGACCUUCUACGAAGCUUGUACAACUGCGACUUGUAUUUUUUGGAGAGCUACAUCAAGCCGCAGCCGGCGAACCACACCACGGACAAAAUCUUCCGAAGGGGAGCCAGCAAAGCGCUUUGCUCCGCGCCGGUCUGCGAUGCCUUCAGCCCGAGCGAAGGAAAUAUAGAAGAGGGGGAUUGUGUGCGAAAGUGCGCCUCCCUCAAUUUGACCCUAGCUGCCGAGUCGUGCCGCGAAAGACGGCACGUGGCCAUUAAAACGGUACGUAUACCGGAGGUCAGCGACCUUAAGGCGCUGAUCGAGGACCCCCGGCUCAACCUCAAAGUUAUUCAGCUGGUAAGAGACCCACGUGGGAUAUUAUCAUCCAGGAUCGAAACCUUUCGGGACACGUACCGCCUGUGGCGCAUCUGGAGAGCCACGGGCCGCAAACCGUACAACCUGGAUUUGACCCCGUUCACAACGGUCUGCGACGACUUUCUCAACUCGGUGUCCACAGGGUUAAGCAGACCACCGUGGCUCCGGGGAAGGUACAUGCUGCUGAGAUACGAGGACGUGGCCAGGAACCCGCUCCAAAAAAUUAAGGAGGUUUACGAGUUCCUCGGCCUGUCCAUGGAAAAGAACGUGGUGGCUUGGAUACACAACAACACGAGAGGCAAUAAUGACGCGUCAGCAAAGCAUAAGUACGGCACGCUGAGGGAUUCGGCGGCCAACGCGGAGAGCUGGAGGUUGAAAUUGUCUCAUGACAUAGUUGAUUACACGCAAACUGUUUGUCAGCACAUUUUAGACGAGCUCGGCUACAAAGCUGUCAGCUCCCCCGAGGAGCUGAAAAACAUGUCAGUCUCGCUCAUCGAAGACAAAACCUUCAUACCUUUUUUGUAACAAAGGUAAUCAUGUGCACGCACAACUAUUUUUCUACGUUAAUAUCCUUGCCUUAAUGUGACUGACAUUUGCACUAUGAACUUUUUAUUACUUGGGGAGACUUCCCUCAAAGUCACCCUAUGAGUUUCCGAACAGCACAAGAACCAAAACACUUAGCUGUAAAGAGAUCCGACUUCACCUCGAUGGCAGCGACAGCAUUGAGUCGUGUUCAUUAUUUAUAUACUAAAACAGAGCACCACAAUAUUGACCAGAAAGUUCUGUAUGCCAGUCAUUGCUUUGACAACACUGAAUGUGAAUAUUUUGUCGGACCCGAACUCCACGAACCGAGCGAACUGAAAUGCUGUGUUGUAAAAUAACAGCCGUGCAAUAAAACCGUGAAUGUCACAGUCAGAUUAUUUCUCAGGUUGUGUAAAUUUUCGUCUGCCACAGUCUGCAGUGGGAUUUAUGCUUUGUGUACGGUUUGCAUUUAAAAUGCUGUUUUAAAUGCAAUGUUAUGCAUUGGUGCUGUAUCUGGGUUAAAGGGUGAUUUACAGUAAACUCAUGCACUUAUAUCUGCUUGCUUUGGGUGGGUAUGAUUUAUAUGUAAAUUGUAAUGAUCGGUCAUCAUGAUAUGAGCUCUUUGUUUUUAUCUUGCUAAAUGUCAUAAUACAGCCGCAGAGAAACACAAUGCAGCGUGUCUCUGUUUUUAAGAGUGGAAAAAUGGGUUAAUUUAGACGGAUGCAUGAAAUGAUUCAUUCUGUACUGUCCUCAUCGUCAUAUCACUUAACUUUGUCUUUCAUGCAAUCAGUACAUUCGGAUUUGUAUUUAGUGUCUAUGUAUGUGAAAGAGAUUAUUGCUAUUUUUGAAUUCAUAAUAAAUGUAGAGAAGCAGAAACGGGAUCAAUGGCAAAACACGAUGCACUUAUUUCCAUGAACAAUUGGCCGAAUCUUGCCCACGUUCCUACAGUUUUGGCAUUAAACCUCAUUUUCAACUUUCAAGGACAGUU